CAUUACACACUGUGACAGAGCCUGUGUGUGAGAGAAAGAACAAGAAUGGAGAAGUCCAGGAAAAAAUUUAUUGGUGUGGUAGAUGAGGCAGUAGCAGCCGCCAACUCCAUGCAUCGUGAUGAACUGCUCUUUUCUUACAAGGGAAUUUUCUACCCUAUCACUGUUUGUCCUCCUGAAACUUUCAAAGCCUUGGAGUCUUUUGAAGCCAGAAGUGAUGAUGUAAUUUUGGCAGGAUACCCUAAAUCCGGCACAAACUGGCUAAGUCAAAUCUUAACUGACCUGAUAGCCAUAUCUCAAAAGAAAACACCCGGCAGUGAAAGCAGUGUGAAUGCUGAAGAACCAGAAGAAUUCCCCUACCUCGAAAUUGGAGAUGCUGAGAAAUAUGAGCGAAUGACCAAAUUACCUUCUCCAAGAUUUAUGGUUACUCAUCUCCGUCCUGAAAAUCUUCCCAAAUCUAUCUUCCAAAACAAUGCCAAGAUAUUGUUACUGAUUCGUAAUCCAAAAGAUGUUGCUACAUCUUAUUACCAUUUUUCCAAUGGCCUGCCUACUCUUCCCUCCUAUGAGACCUGGGAUGAUUUCUUCGCAGAUUUCAUGACAAAGAAAAUGGCCUGGGGAUGCUAUUUUGAAUACCUCUCUGAAUGGAACAAAUAUGCUGAGAAAGAAAAUAUUAUGACAAUAACUUAUGAAGAGGUAAAAGAGAAUCGUGCCCAGGUUGUGAAAAACAUAGCUACAUUCUUUGGAAUUCCUCUGACUGAGGAACAGCUCCAGCUGGUUGUAGAGAGGAGCAGCUUCCAGUCUAUGAAGAAAAACUCAGACAAGACCCAUGGGUCACUUGGCAAUGUUCUCUUUCGCAAAGGUGGUGUAAGUGACUGGAAGAAUCUUUUCACUGAAGAUCAGAAUGAGAAAAUGGACAAAGCAUUUGAAGAACAUAUAGCAGGAACAAAACUUGGGAAAAAGUUGAAGUAUGACUUGUACUGCAAAGCCUGAAGAGAAAUGAAAUGUGGUUAGAGCAAGAACUUUGUAAGGCAGACUCAGAUCAUCUGAAUGCUAUACACUGGAAACCUAGAUCAAAUGAUACAAGCAACUUACGAUUACUCUACGAGUCAUUGUAGCAGCCUUUACAGUGACACUGAUGAGUGAUGAGCAUUUUGUUUUGUGGUGAGAUCUUUAGCUGCACCCAUUUCCUGAAGAAGAUGUCCACUAAUGAUAUUUACAAAUACUCAACAGCCUUUUUCCAGCUGUCACCUGCAAGGAAAUUCUUCUUUUCUUUCUAGACGAAUCCUGUCUGUGUAGCUGCUUUCUAAUUAUUUAGUAUGCAGAUUAUUUUUUCUUCCGAAAUGUUUCCAAUCAGUCAACAUCUUCACAGAAAAUAUCACUAGCAAAAACAGGGAUAUAACAGAAGUCUAACAAACAAGAUCAUCCAUGAAUUCGGCACAAAUUUUAUCAAAGCUAGAGAAAGGAAAAAGAAGGGGAAUAUGGAUCAGUGUUCGUAGGGCUCUUCGUCUCUCUGAAUGCAAAAUACCAAGAUGGAUUUUGGAUAUGGUCAGAAAUUAAGAGGCAAGAUUCAGUCAGAGGCACUGCUUUUUAUAGGAUCACAGAGCAGCCCAGGUUCCAAGAGACCUUGAGAAAUCAUCUGGCACAACCUUUCAUGGGAAAGGAAGCCUGGAUGAGGCUAAAUAUCUAAAUAUCAUAUCUUGAAAUCUCCAGUGAUGAGGAUUCUACCUCAUUUCUGUAGGCAUUGUUCCAGCAAAUGGUUGUUCUUGCUGUGAAGAACUUACUUCAUUUAUCAAGAUUAAACCUCUCCUGUUGCAACUUGACCUCACUGCCUCCUUUCUUCUGCAUGUGGUUUCUGCUGAAUAGGGAGCCAAUAUCCUCUUUGCAGCUGCCCUUUAAGCACUGGAAACUGUGAUGAGGGUGUCCCUGAGCCUUCUCAGCUUUGUGGUCCUGCCUUGGAACCUCUCUGCUUUCUUUGUGUCAUUCUUGAAAAUGCUUCUGUUAAGAUAGUGGUGUUCUCAAGAGUGAUGGUGUGAGACAUUGCUCUACCUAGAUCUCUUUUACUGCCAUUGGGAUUUCCCUCACUAAACACAGUAUUUUAGAUUUUUCAAGGCACCUCUUCUGGAAAACAAAAAAAAAGUCAAAAUAAGGUUCUGCAAGUAUAGUUGGAUUAAAACCAGGAAAAGUCCCAGCCAACUCAUUGAUCCAUCAACUGAGCAGCUAAGGUGUAAAAAUAAAAGAUGGAGUGUGAAAGAAUGAAAUACUGAAAGAUUUUUUGUUUCAUUCUUCUAAAGUUGGUUGGUUCUGCUUGGACAUACAUGGACAUGCAGUGUUUUGGAAAG